AUGGCUCCCAAGCUUCUCAGCCUGGUCGCCGCAAUUGGCCUUGCGACGCCCGCGCUUGGCCACAUGGCCCUUUGGCACCCUGCCGUUUUCGAGGGCAAGAACGGACCCCACGGCGACAACUGGGACGCGCAGGACCUCGCCAACCCCCUCUUCCAGAGGAAGAAGGAUGGUCCCGGCGGCUGGUGGUUUCACGGCAAGGUCGACGAGCCUCCCGUUGACGGCGAGUUUGUCGAGCUCGUCGCCGGCGGUCACCUGAACGCCGAGCUCAGCUGCAACCGUCAUUUCACGACUUGGGGCAACACGCUCGGCAACUACGGAGACGAGAAGCGCGCGUGCGGCGCCCACGGCAUGCGACACUGCGAGGACGGCGAUAACGCUUCUGAGCUCAAGGACGUCAAGGGCUGCGCGAUCGCGAUCGGGUACGAGAGCGACCCCCGCAAGCUCGACCCUUCCAAGAUGGUCGUCAUCUCCGUCGACUAUCAGUGCCCUUGGUUCAAGGCUGCGCGCUUCGAGAUUCCCGCUGGCCUGCCGCCCUGUCCCCCCGAGGGUUGCCUCUGCACGUGGAACUGGAUCCACAGCGCCUUCGGCGGUCAGGCGGAGAUGAUGCAAACCGGCACUUCGCAAACCAGGAGCUGUACUGGGGACCCCCGCCUCCCCCGGGUUGUCUACAAACCGCGACAAACCUCAGACGAUCUGCGGGGUUUACCCAGACGUCUUAUAGGCCAGUUCUCAUGGGUACAACGUGCAGAAAAGUCCUCUCCCCGGAUGCCCCGCAGAUGGCCCCACUAUAACCCGAACUUCGAGGCUAAACCAAGUUGCGGGGCCUUGCCAAGACAUCGCGGCCCCAGGCACGCCCACCCUGACGACCAAAAGAGGAGACGAUGGCCCAUCGCACCCUUGGCUCCUACGUACCAGGACUUCAUCGACCCGCCGUACUACAACUGGGAGUACGGGUUCAAGAAUGGUGCCCAGGACGACAUCUUCACGGUCGAGGCUGACACCUACACCAACACCGAGUGGGCGCCCAUCGCCUGGAACACGAAGGACCACCCCGUGCCCCAGGUCACGCCAGCGACUAAGGCCAACGUGCCCCCCGUUCAGCCCACACUGAAGAUCACCCCGGCGCCGUUCGACUUCGGUCCCGGCACUAGCGCGCCGCCCAACGGCCCUGCCACCCGUGCAUGGACCGGGGCACCCGCCCAGCCCACCGCCGAGGCGGCCGCUACUCAAACAGCUUCGCCCUCUGCUCAAACUGCGUCAGGCGCGCCCGCGUCCAGCGCCGAGGCGACUGGUUCGACCCCAACUGCCGCUCCCACUGCCUCCCAGUCGACCACUGAGGGCUCCACCGGCGGCGAGUUCUGGAUCGGAGGUGACGACCAGGACGGCAAUGAGCAGAACGCUGCCGUGGCCGGGUCGUCCGCGUCCUCUGCCGGCGCUGAGUCUGGCUCUGCCUCGUCAGCCUCUGCCGCUUCCUCCGCCGCUCAGUCAGGUUCCGUCUCGUCAGUCGCUUCGUCUGCCGGCGUGCAGUCGGGUUUCACCUCGUCGGCUCCUGCUUCUUCCGCCGCGCAGUCUGGCUCCGCUACGUCUUCUUCCGCGUCCGCCUCGAGUGCCAUCGAGUCAUCCGCCCUAGGUGAGGCUACCACCUCUGGAGCUCCCGCGCCGACCUCGGCACCGCAGACCCCGACCGAGAAGCACAAGACACACGGCAAGAAGCCGAAGAAGUGCAAGCCCAAGUCGAAGCGCUCCAAGCUCGAGCACGCGCGCCGCUCGCGUCGCCGCUUCCACUAA